AUGGACCUGCUGAAUCCCAUUCCAGUGAAAUCAAGAGGCAAGCAGGUCACAACAUCUGAGCAGAGGAAAGACUUUCUCCGUGAGGACAUUCCCUCGGUGAAGCGAGUCGUCAUCAAAGUGGGCACCUCUGUUCUCACGCGGGACAAUGAGUUUGGAGUGUCUUUGACUCGUCUCGCAAGCCUGGUCGAGCAGGUCAGCGCGCUAGUUCACUCGGGGAAGGAAGUAAUCAUCGUGACCUCUGGAGCUGUUGGCUUCGGCAAGAUGAGGCUUCAAGUUCAGAACGUGCUGUCUCAGACCGUGAGGAACACUCUCUCCUGGGGAGCAAACGCUUCCCCUCCCUCGUUGGACUCUCGAGCCUGUGCUGCCGCCGGGCAGUCAGGGUUGAUGACCCUUUAUGACGCCAUGUUUUCCCAGUAUGGAGUGUCGAUCGCGCAGCUUCUCGUGACGAUGUCAGAUUUUCAGGUCGAUGCUCAUCGCGCAAAUAUGUGCGAGACGAUCAAGGAGCUGAUCAAGCUGGGAAUCGUCCCAGUCUGCAACGAGAACGACAACACGACCAUAACAUCGUUCAAUCCGAAUUUCAAACAAAACAUUGACAACGGUAUCGACGACGGUGUUGACCGAGGGGACAAAGUCGUACGUCUUACCGCCAACGACUCGCUGUCUGCUCUUCUUGCCGUGGAGCUCGACGCCCAGCUGAUGAUCGUGCUGAGCAAUGUGGAUGGGCUAUACACAGCUCCUCCAGGUCGCCUGUCGUCCAUGGGAGCCACUCCAAAAUUAUUGCACACGUUCAACCCCGACGAUCCUCAAAUGGAGCGACUGGAGUAUGGCCGGGACCGGCGAGUCGGACGAGGAGGCAUGGCGGCUAAGGUGGACGCGUCAAAGUUUGCGCUGAACCAUGGAGUACACUGCAUCCUUGCCAAUGGUCAUCAGCAUGACGUCAUCUCCAAGAUAUUCGAGGGCAGGACCAUCGGCACCUUGUUCACCCGCGCGGCUGGACGCGACUCGACGCCCUAUGUCAAGGGAACGGAGGCGAGGAGCGCUUCUCGGGAGAUGGCAAAGUUGCCUUCCAGUGUCAGGAAGAAGGUCCUUGAGCAGAUCGUCAAGGAUAUCACGAGGAAGGAAGACGUCAUCCUCGCAGCAAACAACGAGGAUCUGCAAGAGGCGCUGAGAGCCAUCAAGUCCGAGGGCGCCGUCGGUUCAGACCACCGACCUGACCAGCUCCCUCUCUCCCUGUCAAAACGCAAGUUAAGGUCGCUUGUCCAGAAGAUCGACCAGAUGACGGCGACGGCUGGCAAUGUCGUGGGUCGGAAUGUGAAGUGGUGUAAGGUGACGGACGGGCUCUAUCUUGAGCAAGAGACUGUUCCCAUUGGAGUGGCUCUGUGCGUGUUCGACAAGGCUUGUCCUGACGUCGUUCCCCUCCUGGCAAGUCUCUGCAUUGCCUCCGGCAACGCUGUCAUCUUCAAGUCCUCGCGCGAAAGCUUCCACACUACUCAGAUCUUCCACUCGAUCAUCAUCUCUGCGCUGAAAGCAAACAAUAUCUCCGAGAACGCGGUCAUCAACCUGGAAGGACGAGACAACCUCGAGGACUUCUUGGUUCUGCAGGAUCAGAUCGACAUGGUGAUCCCGCGAGGAUGCAAGCAGCUCAUAGAGUAUGUCAACACGCGCACCAAGAUUCCCGUCCUCGGAGACACUGAGGGCCUCUGUCACGUGUACGUUCACAACGACGCAAAUCUGGAGGUUGCAGCUCGAGUGCUGGUGGACUCCAAGUGUGAAGCAAGUUAUGCUGGGAGGUAUGGAGUGGAAACCAUCCUCGUGCACUCCCAUUGGAUCGAGACUGGCAAGUUCGAGGAGCUGUUGGAGCCCCUCACCAGCAAAGGAGUCGCUCUCUUCGCCGGCCCUCGCCUCCGCGCUCAGUUCAAGUCUCAGUCUGCCAAGAUGCCUCCUGCAUGGUCUUUGAGAUGCGAGUAUGGAUCAAGCGGGUGCGCUGUUGAGGUUGUUGACAGCCUCGAGGAAGCGAUCCAGCAUGUCAACGAUUACGGAAGCCAUCACACGGAUGUCAUCGUUUGCGAGAGCGAAAUGGACUCGCGCAAGUUCUCGAGGGAAGUCGAUAGCGCCUGUGUCUUCCAGAACUGCAGCACGCGAUUCUCAGAGGGAUACAGCUUUGGGCUUGGAACUGAGGUGGGAGUGACGACCAAGCGAGUGCCCAUGCGAGGGCCGAUCGGGAUUGAGGGGUUGAUGACUUCCAAGUACAUCUUGAGGGGCAAGGGGCAUGCAGUCGCGGACAUCGCAGACGGAAAGUCAAAAUGGUGA